AUGGACAUGGAUGAUGCGCGACAAGCUCAGCCUCAGGCUGGCGGUGACAGCGAACCUGACGGCGGCGCCACCGAAAUUGUUAUGGCACAUAUGUGGCGCACGGAAUCCGAGAUCGAGUUUGGAGAGACCCUUUCUGACAGCAGCGAGACUAGCACCAGCCAAGUCAGCGAGUUUCAGCCCGAUGAUAGCUCCGACUCGGAGCACGACUUGCCUCUGUCCGUUAUUCAUCGUGCAAGGAUUUCAGCAAGACUGCGAAGGGAGAAGGCGCCAUAUGUGCGCACGUCUCUGUCUUCCGACGUCGUGAUACGUGCCGCCCGCAAGCACACGAAGCGGCGGGCAUCUCAAAAACGUGCGCCUCGCAAUACCGGAUAUGCGACGCGCCCAAACUCACUGCCUACGGCUACGACCUCUGCUGCUAUCAUGGACAAGAGCCAAGACCAACAGGAAUCCGAUACAGGCUCGCUUUCUGCUACUAACAACCAAUGCUCAGAGAUAGCCAAGCUUGCACCUCGGGUCCUCCUAGAGCUCCCCAGACGGAACCUGAGAUCGCGUGCCACACCUACGGAUCACGCCUGUGAAGAGGGACAGCGAUGCCCGACUGACAUUGGCAUAUGCACGGAUGCUGUGACUUCGACACAGUGGGCCAAACGGGCCAAGCUCGGACCCGCUACCUUUACCACGAGGAACAGUCUCGGUCUCGAGCAGAACGCACCUCGGGAGACUGAGGCUUCAGCGCCCGCGCAUUCCCAGCUUGCCACUGCAGAAAAAGCCACAGAGACGCACUGCGAUCGGCCUGCUCCGCGCUUCUCAAAAGUCCUUCGGUCGGACACCACAUUGACGCAGGCACCUAGCAGCUCGAUGCCCGUAGCGAGCUCGCCGCAGGCGACAAGGGCGGGCCCCCUUCGGAAUGCUCAGCUUCGCGCCGAUGUAAAUGACCAACCGCGAGGUGCGGAUGCCGGGUCUCAGGAUCCCAAUGCUCUGCCGGUUGGUGACGUCCGAGACUUGUCAACCUCAAAUCAUGCUCAGUUUGGCGACAAAGGACCCGCGACGUCCCCAGGACUGCUGGAUGCCGCAAUCCAGGCAUUGCUCGGAAGGGGCACCAAUGCCGGUCUCCGGGUCCAAACUGUCAAUACUGUUACUCAUGCACCUGCGUCUUCUGCCACCACCCAACGUAAAAUUCCUGACGCUACGCUCGACAAUGUAGAUCCCGCUGUGAUACAGUACCUGCGAUCGCUUGGCCUGCCUCCGGAGAAGUACGUUAUCAAGCUCAACUCCAUCGGCCUCAACACGGGCGCCCUAAUCACGGCGAUGAAGAGAUUGGUUCCGGAGAGCCGAAAGGACAAAUCAGAGGAGGAACUUCAGAGGCGUGCAGGGGUGACGGUCGUCGAGGCUAUGGUAUUGAUCUCGGGCUUGAGGCGGCAACAUGAGUAG